AGCGAUUCCCAACGGAAAAUUUGCCGGGAAAAUGGCAAACCCUAGGAGAAGCUCCUACUCCAUCAACGUCGGCGCCUCCGACGACGACCGCGGUGGUGGCGCCCUCCAGCCUUCUCCCUUUUCUUCUUCUUCAUCGUCCUCCGCCGCAGCGUUAUUGCUCUAUCUCAAGCACUGGCUGAAGAAGCCACACGCCUUCCCUUUCCUGCUCUCAGUCUUCCUCCUCCUUACAUGGCUUUCCCUCGUUCUCCAGCAACGCUCUUCCUCGCAUCCCUCUGCCGAUUCCUCCUCUUCUUCGCGGCUAGGAGACGGUGCCGUCCAGUGGCGGAAGCACGAGGAGGCUAAUUUGGUCCGAUUCAAAUCCACGUCAUCACCCAUUGCCAAGGACAACCGCGGAUGGCUUCUCGACCCCGUAGCUCUCGCCCUCGAACAUGGCGUUAAAGGUGGAGCAGUUUCUUGUGCUUCAGUUCAUGUGGGUCAAAUCCGACCCGGUACCCGGAGGGGAAACCACAGGCAUUAUGCCUGUAACGAAACGUUUGUAAUUUGGGGUGCCAAGACUUUGUUCAGGUUGGAGAACCAUCAGAUUGUCGAUAAAGGUUAUGCACAAGUGGUAAUAGAAGCAGAUGAAGUGGCUGUUGCAGCCAGCACAAGUGGGACGGCUCAUGCUCUUGUAAAUAUGGAUUCGAUGCACAGCACGUUCUUCAUCGGUUGCCAAGACUGUACAACGAACCCUAGCAAUUCCUCCGAGUAUGGAGUUUGGCAUGACCUCUGAAGCUCUCCCUAUCCAGUAAUCAGCACCCCCACCACACCUCUUUCGUACAUUUGUGAAGAUGUUGUUCCAUUACAGGUUUAGCAGAGCUCUAUUUCCCUGUUUCGGCUAUGAUUGUGAUAACCUUGCUGGAUUCAGAUGGUUACGGGGAGAGAGAAAUGGCUUGUAUUUGUUUUGUACAUAGAGAAGUACAGAUGUAAAGAGCUUGUUGUGUAUAACCUUCUGUUGUUUUUUCAAUCUGAACUUGAAGCCUUUUUGAAAGCAGCAGACUUCGGUAUGGUAUUCUUUCAGCUAACGUAGUGGAUGAACAACCCUCAGAAGAGCGCAAAUUAACAUGUGAAUCGAAU